AUUAUGGAUUGGUACAGUAGGUGGUAAGUGGCAACGAUAUUUAUGGAUGCUUCCUUCGCAAUGGGUUUGUAAAAUGACAGAUUUAGUUUUGCCGUGUUGUAGUUACUUCCCCGAAAAUUACUGACCAUUUCGCUUGACCGCUUUACCGGCUUCAAAAUGCCAUCUCCUGAAUGCGAUAUUCAGAACCCUCGUCCAGGCCAUAAUAUUAAGGAUGAAACCAACCUGCCACAAAAAGAGUACAUGGAGCGAGAAGAGAAGUACAACUGCCAUAUCUAUCAUACAGUUCCGGUUGUUCUCGCCCGUGGGAAAGGUGUGCAUCUCUGGGACACAGAUGGACGCCGAUAUUACGAUUUUUUGAGCGCAUACAGCGCCGUCAAUCAAGGUCACUGUCAUCCCGAUAUUCUCAAAGCCCUGGUGGAUCAAGCAAGCGUCCUGACAUUAGCCAGCCGGGCGUUCUAUAACAAUGUUCUGGGUAAGGAACGUUGCAUUAUAUAUGAGCGAAAAAUAAUUUCCUCUUUAUUCGGAUAUGACAAGGUUUUGCCAAUGAAUACAGGCGUGGAAGCCAACGAAACGGCUUGUAAACUGGCGCGACGGUGGGGAUACAGAGUGAAAAAGAUCCCGGAUAACGAAGCAGUUAUCAUUUUCGCUGAGGGGAAUUUCUGCGGCCGGACAAUGGCGGCCAUCUCCGCCUCGACGGAACCUGCAAAUUACGCCGGCUUCGGACCUUACAUGCCUGGAUUUCGCAUUAUUCCGUACAAUAACCUAAGCGCAUUAGAGGAAGCUUGUCAACAUCCCAACGUCUGCGCCUUCAUCGUUGAGCCGAUCCAGGGUGAAGCCGGAAUAAUCGUCCCCGAUGAAGGUUACUUGAAGGGCGUGCGGGAGAUCUGCACCAAAUACAACGUUCUGUUCAUCGCCGACGAAAUCCAGACGGGACUGGGCCGCACUGGGAGGCGGUUGUGUUGUGAUCAUGAAGAUGUUCGGCCUGAUAUUGUUACAUUGGGUAAAGCAUUAUCCGGAGGGAUUAUGGCGGUUUCGGCAGUUCUGGCCGAUAACGAGGUAAUGUUAACGAUCAAACCCGGCGAACACGGUUCGACAUAUGGCGGAAAUCCGUUGGCGUGUCGCGUGGCUUCGGCUGCUCUGGACGUUUUGGAGAACGAGCACCUAGCCGCUCGGGCGGACAAGCUGGGUCAUCGGUUGCGCGAAGAACUCAAGGCCCAUCUCCCCUCGGACAUCGUUACGUGUGUCCGCGGAAAAGGUCUCAUGAAUGCCAUCGUCUUAGCGCCGCAAUACAACGCCUGGGAUGUUUGCAUCCGCCUGAAGGACAACGGUCUGUUGGCAAAAUCUAUAAAAAACGAUAUUAUCCGGUUGGCCCCUCCUUUAAUCAUGAAGGACGAAGACCUGAGCGAAUGCAUGGAGAUCAUCCAAAGAACCAUCCUGUCCCUUAAAAAAUAGAACUAAUUUAAUAGCGUAAAUUUAAUAAUUAUGGUUCAUACGUUUUAAUUUCCGAUCGUUGGCCGUUUCGUCGUGAAAUGUUUGGAAAAACUCAUUUGUUUUGUUUUCUAUCAGGUUGACUUGUUUCCUGUAACAUUAUUAUUCAGCCCAGGUAUUCGUACAUUCCUGGAUUAAAAAGCCUUAACGC